AUGUCUCGCACUGCUGUUCCCACUGCCCUUGGUUACAACUGCAUCCUGAUCACACUGGAGCUCUGCCAGCACGUGCAGAGGAUGUGUGCGGCAAGGCGGAUGCUGCUGCUGCUGCUGGCUUUCCUGGCCUACGCGCUGGAUUCGGCUGCGGCGUACGGCACGGCGGAGACCCUCUGCGGCGGGGAGCUGGUGGACACGCUGCAGUUCGUCUGCGGGGACAGGGGCUUCUACUUCA